AUGAAUGGGAUCGAGCUCAUGGAGGACUCACUUGUCCCCGGUGCGAAGGAGACUUCACCGAAAUUGUACAUGUACUCACCUGUUCAUGGGCAACUCAGAGCUAACACCGCACAUCAGCUCGAGCCGGGUGAAGCCCCGUCUCCCUACGACUUCGACCGAACUCCGUCUCUACCUUUGCCUGCCGAAACGCCAAUGCCACCUCCCGGCGGCUCAUAUGACCACACUGGGCUAGGGGAUCAUAACCAUUGGUUGGAAGACGCAAGCAACGAUCAAGGACCCAGCUUUACCACGUUCGAAUUUACGUCCACUGGUAGAGGUGGGAGAAUGGUUCUCAGCACCCGUGCAUGGACAACCGAUGGGCGCAAUGUACGAGCAGAUGACCUGUUUGAAGUGAUUGAUGAGAUGGAACAAUUGCUUACCCGACUGGAUGAACUACAGAACCGAAGCACUCCCUUUGACCCUCUAUAUCCUUUCGGAUCCCUGCAACGACCAGGUGUUGGCGGAUUCGAUGACCCUCAACCCCAUUUGCAGCCUGCGGGUUUGCAAGAUCUCUUCUCCCUUAUUUUACAAUCGAUGCAACCAGAAACGCUUCGCGGUCCAGACACUGAUGAGAGACGACCAGGAGGCCAGCCGCCUUUGGCACUUGACCUUCUCCAUCAAAUGCUCAAUCCCGCAAGUGGUCGAGCUGGUGACAUGGUGUUCAGUCAAGAAGCAUUCGACCGGGUUAUGACACAGCUCAUGGAACAACACAAUGCGAGUACCGCACCUCCGCCUGCAUCAGAGGAGGCUAUUCUGUCUCUCUCAAAGAAGAAGGUGGACAGAGAAAUGCUAGGCGAGGAAGAUCAUGUGCUGGGCCGGCCGUCGUCUCAGUUCCGCAAAGUCCAGGUCUUUGCAGUUGUCUCAUUCUGGUCCCUUUACCUUCUGAGAGGUGACAAACAUGGCCCUCCUCUCAUUCGAUCCAUCUCCCAGCGACUCUCUAAGCGGUUCACUGUCUGGCAAUCUGUUGUCCUGACGUUCCUCUGGCUCUACAUUUGCCGAAACUUUGCGAAGAUCGUUGGCCUCGAAUCCCCCGAACCCCUUGCCAAUCUGUACAGCCGGGCUUAUUUCCGGGCAACAUGGAUUACCACAGCUCUGGACGCUGGUUUCUGGAGCGCCAUGAAGAUCAGAAAUAAGGCCAUUAGGGAUCUAUGCUCAAUCGUGUUCUCGGUAUAUUAUCUCUUUGCGGCAGAACAGGCGGAUGAAAAAGUACGCAAAGUUCGCGCCGUUCUCACGGUCGAUCAUUUGCGAGUGGCAUGGAACAAACCAACCACACCUUAUCUGAAGUUCUUCACAGCGCUGUUACGCCCUCGCUUCACCAAAUAUAAGCCACGGCGGAUUCGAAUCCCUCGCCCAAAGCAAUCUCAUUACAAGGAACCCGUCGUUGCAUGGAUGUAUUUCGAUGGCUCCCUUGCCGAGUUGGAGAGGCAGGAGAAUGUGGUUCUUGAUAUUCCAGGUGGAGGCUUCGUUGCCAUGGAUCCGAGGACAAGUGAUGACAAGUUGCUUGCCUUGGCCGGAAGAACAGGACUGCCAAUUCUCAGUCUUGACUAUCGCAAGGCGCCCGAAUAUCCUUACCCAUACGCAUUGAACGAGUGCUUCGAUGUCUACACCCAGAUCGUGGCAACUCGAGGUCGGUGCAUCGGUAUGAAACCAGUCUCCUGCCCAAGGAUCGUGAUCACGGGCGACAGCGCCGGUGGCAACCUGGCUUGUGGCACGACGUUGAUGGUCAUUCAAUCCAACCAGAGCAGCACGUCUCAGGGGAUUCUACCAUCCCCUGCUGGACUGGUUCUCUUGUACCCGGCUUUGGACUUCAAUAUUGGCAGUUGGAUGACAGAUGAUCAGAUGGCGCUGAUUCGCAACCCACGAACCGCGAAGAAAUACGAACGAUUUAUCAAGCGCAAGAGCGAGGACAUUGAUCGCCGAUAUACUCCGACCACUCCAAGGCCCCUAAGUGACGACGAGGACGACCCCAAUCACGAUUUUUUUGCACCUCGAGCAGAAAGCCCUACGCAGCCGGAGGAGCGGCUUGACCGAAAGAGCACCGAUGUCGAAGCACAAAAGCAAGCUGUCGCCCUCUCUAAGCCUCAACCGCUCAAAACAAGACUGGCUGUCUCCAGCAUCAUCUCCUACUUUGGCGACCGAAUUCUCACUCCGGAAAUGAUGCGUGCAAUGAUCAUUCUCUACGUCGGGCCAUAUCACCGACCUGACUUUACGACUGAUCAUUUGCUUUGUCCCGCUGUGGCCUCUGAAGGUCUCCUGGCGAAAUUUCCUAAAACAUACUUCCUGACCGGCGAACGUGACCCUCUGGUUGAUGACACUGUAAUUUUCGCUGGCCGCCUGCGCCAAGCCAAACUUCACCUUUUCCAGGAGCGACAAGAAGCUGGGCUCGAGAAAUCAACAGCCGAGUUUAAUGAGAAGGAUCAUGUGGAAGUAACACUCAUACCAGGAAUCUCGCACGGGUUCGUCUCCUUCGUAAGCAUUUUCCCGGAAGGUUGGAAACACAUCUUCCGCUGCGGGAGGUGGAUCCAGGAGAUUUUCGAAAGGCCACCACAUCAAUUCGAGGGUCCAGCGAUCGAAAGCAGGUUGAGACAGGGGACAUUCACGCACGACUCGGGGAGCUCGCUUGAGCUUGCAACAACGACCGAAACAAGGCAUCACAAAAGAACACCUACGGGAGAGAGUAUGGAUGACGAUGCACCAUUGGUCAUGUCCAGCCUCAGCUCCAGCAAAGAAGCAACGUCGCCGGCCGCGAGAGCGAACGGAACCACGAAAGGGGAGUACGAUCGGCGGAAACAGGAAGAGAAGCAAAAAGGCACGGACAAUCUUGGCCGGAGCAAGAGCCUCGUAAGUCUCGGCAGUGAGGAGGACCUGCUGAAACGGAGAAUGAAGGGAUUGACCGUGGCACUAUUGGGGUCUCAUGAUUCUUGA